UGUUCUAUUGUUUCUACAGGUUCUACAGGUUCUACUACUUCUACAGGUUCUACAGGUUCUACUGUUUCUACAGCUUCUACGGGUUCUACUACUUCUACAGGUUCUACAGGUUCUACUAUUUCUACAGGUUCUGCUUCUACAAGUUCUACAGGUUCUACUACUUCUACAGGUUCUACUACUUCUACAGGUUCUACAAGUUCUACAGGGUCUACUACUUCUACUGUUUCUACAGGUUCUACUACUUCUACUGUUUCUAAAGGUUCUUCUGGUUCUACAGGUUCUACUACUUCUACAGGUUCUACUGUUUCUACAGGUUCUACUACUUCUACUGUUUCUAAAGGUUCUACUACUUCUACAGGUUCUACUACUUCUACAGGUUCUACAAGUUCUACAGGUUCCACUGUUUCUACAGGUUCUACUACUUCUACAGGUUCUACUGGUUCUACAGGUUCUACUACUUCUACUGUUUCUACAGGCUCUACUGUUUCUACAGGUUCUGCUACUUCUACAGGUUCUACUGUUUCUACAGGUUCUACUGUUUCUGCAGGUUCUACUACUUCUACAGGUUCUACUACUUCUACUGUUUCUACAGGUUCUGUUUCUACAGGUUCUAAAGGUUCCACUGUUUCUACAGGUUCUACUGUUUCUACGGGUUCUACAGGUUCUACUGUUUCUACAGGUUCUGCUUCUACAAGUUCUACAGGUUCUACUACUUCUACAGGUUCUACAAGUUCUACAGGGUCUACUACUUCUACUGUUUCUACAGGUUCUGCUACUUCUACUGUUUCUAAAGGUUCUUCUGGUUCUACAGGUUCUACUACUUCUACAGGUUCUACUACUUCUACAGGUUCCACUGUUUCUACAGGUUCUACUACUUCUACAGGUUCUACUGUUUCUACAGGUUCUACUACUUCUACAGGUUCUACUACUUCUACUGUUUCUACAGGUUCUGUUUCUACAGGUUCUACAGGUUCCACUGUUUCUACAGGUUCUACUGUUUCUACGGGUUCUACUACUUCUACUGUUUCUACAGGUUCUACUACUUCUACUGGUUCUACAGGUUCUACUGUUUCUACAGGUUCUACUACUUCUACAGGUUCUACUGUUUCUACAGGUUCUACAGGUUCUACUACUUCUACAGGUUCUACUGUUUCUACAGGCUCUACUGUUUCUACAGGCUCUACUGUUUCUACAGGUUCUACUGUUUCUACAGGUUCUACUGUUUCUACGGGUUCUACUACUGAACAUGACAAACGAUCAGAACCUCUUUUCAGCUGCUGGACGUCUCAUCUUCUUGCUACAGCAGAAAAAACAAACUAA